UGGAAAGCAUCCGACUUCCGAAGUUGGAGUAACAAACCGAAAGGCAAGUGGACACGUUUCUUUUUUGUGUGUUUGUUGUACCUUUUUAUCCAAUAAAAUAGACCUUUUAGCGGUGGAUGUGAGACUCACUCACCCAAACAUGGAGCAAGAUCGGAGGCUAGAGCUCAUCGACCUCGCUAUUCAGAAACAUAUUCACGACAAUUAUCAUAACCUUAAAGACCACGAAACUCAAUACCAAAACACUCUCUCCCAACUACUCUCUGUCUCUAAGGAGUUGGAAUCGUCAAAAAAAGACGAGACAGUUGACCAAUCUGAAGUUUCUAGUCCUUCAGAGCAUGUGGCUUCUGUAAUUCAAGAAAAAGAAAGUGAAACUGUGGUGGAAGGUGGAGAUUGCAAGGAAGAGGAAAAGGAAAAUGAUGAGAUAAUCGAAGAGGUGAAAAAGGUGAAGAGGCAGAAUUUUGUGACUCAUUGUCUUCUUUCAGUGAUGAUUGUUCUCACCGUGGCUUGGCAGUUAUCAGAAGUUUCACUUAUUAUGAAAGUGAAGGAUGGAAUAAACCACCCAUUUAGAUCCUUUGGGAAUAUGUUCCAAGAGAUGAAAGAGAAAGCCUUUAACAAUAAUGGUCAGGAUGCUGAUGACAAAGAAAACAAUAAAUCUCUGUCUCUUCCUUCUACUAUUAAGGUUCCAGAUAUGACUAAAGUGGAUGUACCAAAUUUAGGAGAGAAAUGAAACUUGUCAUCUUCUUUCUUUAAGUGGUUGAACUUGAAAGUUAAUCUUCAAACGAAAAUUAAGGAACAUUUUAAGCGAUUUCUUGUAAUGGAAAGUGUCCAUUCCUAGUUUGUAUGAGCAUUUGCUAGUUUACUGGUGCUACUAGGUGUUGGUUGCUUUAUCUUGUAAUAUUUACUUACUCAAUUUGAGACCUCUAUAUUUGUAUU